AUGACGGCGAUCUACAUCAAGAACCGCCUGCCUUCACCCAAGAUCUACCACAAGACUCCGUUCGAAAUCGUGUACAAGUCGAAACCAAGUGUCAACCACAUGCGCGUGUUUGGAUGUCGGGCGUUUAUCCUGACACCAAGGGAGAAGCGAUUGAAGUGGGACCCAAAGGCUCGUGAAGGGAUGUUCAUGGGCUACGAAGAAGCUUCAAAAGCUUAUUGA